ACAAAAACAAAUUAUUAGAACGGUUUCAUCAUAACAUCAUCAUCAUCAUAACGUUCAAAAUGAUAACAUAAUAAUCACAUCAAUUACACACCGUGUUUGUUGGCUAAUAAUUACCAUGUAACCACAGUUUUUUUUUCUUUAUUUCAAGUUUUUUUUGUUUGUUUUUUCGUUUUUGUUUUUUUUGUGGAAAAUCGAAUUGUUUCAAUGAUGUUUGCGAUUAAUCGUGAAAAGUUUUGCGUAAAGCUUCCACCAAGUCGAUAUGAAUUGGAAAGUAAACACAAAUUGAUAUUAGAUUUAUCGAAUAAAUUGGAUUCACAACAUCAACAAGUUAAAACACUGAAACAAUUAUAUUCAAAUACAUUGAUUGAACAACGAAGACAAUUAUCGGAUGAAAUUAGUUUCCUGUUUCGACAUGCACCGAUUGAAUAUGGUCGUGUUUUUGAAGAUAUACUUUGGAAACGAAAUUAUUAUGAUUGUGUAAAAUUUUUCAAAAAAUAUCGUCGCCAUUUUCAACCACAACAAUCACAAUCGGUGAAUGAUUCAUUGAAUAAUGAAUUAAUUAGUUUAUUUCGAUCACAUCUGAUUUCGGGUAUUGGCCACUAUCAUAGUUUGAUUGUAUCAUUUCGAAAAGGUUUUCAUCUGUCAUAUUUGGAUCAAUCGAUAUUUUUACCGAUUCUUGCUAGUAAUCAAUUGCCAAAUAAUGCAUUGGAUGAUUCACCAUUUAAAGUAUCGGCAAAAUCAUCCAUUUUCCAGAAACCAAAACAGCGUUUAAUCAUCGCCAAUGAAGAUGAUAAUGAUGAUCAAGCAAUCAUCAAAAGAUUUAAUUUCGACGAUGAUGGUAGUGGUAAUGAUGAACAAGCUGAUGAGGAAGCUAUUAUUGAAUUUGAUACAGAAUAUACUUAUGAUGAAAAAUUCAAAGAUACCUUAAUGUUUUUGGUUCAUCGUUUUUUCAUCUGUAUCGGAGAUCUAGCUCGUUAUUAUGUUGAUUUUUUUCCAUCCACUUCUGUUGUUGUUGACACCGCUAUCGAACGAUUCGAUGAACAAUAUUUUCAGAUUGCAUCAUUGUAUUAUCAAUUAGCUUCGUUGUUACAGCCACAACUUGGUAUGCCAUAUAAUCAACUUGGUACGCUAUAUGCCAAUAGCUUCUAUGGUCUGGAUUCCAUUUAUUAUUAUUUUCGUUGUUUAAAUUCAAAAAAGAAAUUUCUUGGCAUCAAAGACAAUCUAAAGAAUACAUUUACGUUUGUGCGUAAUAAAAUGCAAGAAAACACAAAUCAUCUGCCACAAAAAUCAUCAUCAACUAAUGGAUUCAUUGUCGGUUCAUUAACCGAACAGAAUUUCCAGAAUGAUCAAGAAUUGGUUCGGUCCACUAUUAAUCGUAUGAUGGAUAUUUUUUCACGGAUAUUCAAUCUUAUCGAUGAAUUGGAAAAUGAAUCACAAUCGAUACCGGCAUCGAAAUUAUACAGCAAUAUUAAUGAUGUAUUAAUCUUGUUUCGUAAUGCCUUGAAUAUCACGUCAUCUACUGCUGAUGCAAAAUCGUCAUCACGUUUGAAACCGAAUCGACUGACAGCAUCGAACAUUUUUCAAAUAAUUUCCAUCACAAUGGUAUUGAUAGAUCAGAUAAAAAUAUCACUGAAAAAGAACAACAUUGAUGUCAAUCUUGGAAUGAUUGAUUUAUCAAAACUUGAAUCGAAUAAUUUAAAAGGCAAUGUUGAUGUUCGUGGUAAUUUUCUUCUUUACAUUUCGUAUCAUUUUCUUUUUCAAAUCGUCACCAUGGUAAUUCAUCGUGAAUCCGAAGUAUUGAAGAAAAUGAUGUAUGUUUCACAGAAUCUGAUGGAUGAUAAUCCAAGAAUUUUUCAACAAAAACAUAAAUUUGCUAAUAAUCGUAAAAAGAAAAGUAAAAAUCCAUCUUUCAAUUCGGAUUCGUUGAGAAAACAUUAUCAAUCGGCUCAUUCAUUUUCAUCCGAUUAUGGUGAUUGUCCCAAUGAUGAAGCAAUGGCUGAAUUGAAGAAUCGAGUCAUUCAAACCAUACAGGACAUUUUGGAUUCAUCGGAAAAUGAAGAUGACAAUGACAUUGAUGAUGAUAAUGGGAGGAUCAUCAUAUUGGAUACAAUGACCAACGAUACCGAGUAUCAACAGAUUAAUCAUGAUUUCGAUUAUCCAUUGUCAACGGAUUCAAAAACAUUUGAUCAAAUGUUGGCCUUUAUGUAUGCUGAAUCAUAUACUCCGAUCAUCAAAUUUUUCUGUGAUUAUCUACAAUCAAAUGGAGAUUUCAUUGAAAUUCUGCAAAACAUGUCCGUUCUGAUUGAAUAUUUUGAACAAUUUUUCAACUAUCUCAAUCUGAUCAGUGAAUUUGAUUUACGAUUGAUUCUGAAUUUUAAAUCGUAUUUGGAACGUGAAUUUCAAACAAAUGCCAAACAACAACUGGACAAGAUACACAAGCUGAUUGAUUUGUUCAAUUUCAUCAAUCAAUAUUCUGGUUAUUCAUUGAAAGAUUUCAAACAAUCAUCACCAUUGAGUAGUGAAAUGGCAUUCAUGAAUUUAACUGAAGAAUUGUCAAAUUUCUAUAAAUCAUUAUUUGAUUGUAAAGAUGAUUGGACACUAGUGAACAUGAAGAAUGAAUUGACCAUUGAAAAAUCAUGUUAUCUAUCAAUCAAAUCAAUGAUUAUUUUAGGCAUCAAAUUGGUACUGUUAUCAUUGGAUAAUGAAAAUUUCAAAUUAAUGGCCACUGAUUAUGAUCUACAAACUGUACACGAUCUGAAACAAAAUAAACAUGUUAGAUUUGUUUUUCAAUCAUUACAACCACGAUCUGAUCAUUCAGUAUCGAUUUUGAAAGAUGAUCGUUAUUCAUUGAUUGUAUCGAAAGCUAUAAAUAAAUGUGAACAACAAUUGAUACAAUUUGAUUUGAAUGAUAAAGAAGUUGAAAAUGUUUGCAAUAACAACAACAACGACAACAGCAACAGCAAAAAUGGCAACAUUACUCCCAAGAACAAAACGCAAAAAAGUCUGCAAAAUGAUGGUCAAAAAAAUACUCCAGUAAUUCAUCAUCAACAGAUGCCAUCAUCAUCAUCAUCGUCAAAAUCAUUGUUUGAUCUGGAAUUGCCACAUCUUUUGAUUGAUCCAUUUGUUUAUUUGGAAAAUCUUGAACAAAUCAAACAAAUUGUUCAACAGAAAAAAGCGUUUGUAAUUGUGCCAAAAUUGGUAACUGACUUUUUGAAUAAUUUGAAAAAUAAACAAAUUCAAUCUGCCGUUGAAGCAAGUGAUUUUCUUCAUGAUGAAUUUUUUCGUGGUUCACGUAUGAUUCGAUUUAUUCGUAAUGAAGAUCGUCUGGAAUUGGAAAUGUUGAGUUAUCCACGAAAAAAUGCUUGGAUUCGAACUAUUAAUGAUGAUGAUAGUGAUAAUGGACUUGGAACGGAUUCAGGUGAUCGCAGCAAUGGUAACAAAUUGCAAGAUUUGGCAUUGUUUUAUGAAUUGCUUGAACAUUGUCAUCAUUUAUUGGUCAACAAGGUUUUGAUCAAUACCCGUAUUUCGACUAUUGGAACUGGAUUUAAACAACAAGAUGAUGAACAACAACAAAACGUUCAAAUUACAUUGAUUACAACCGAUACGAAUAUUGCUAAAUGGCCAUCGAAUGCUUCGACAACCAUAGCACAAGCUUGUGGUAUUGAUAUUGAAACAAUGGAUUCGUACCUUGCCAAGCAAAAUAUUCGUAAUAAUAAUAAUAAUUAUAAAAAGUAUAAAUUUAACAAGAAAUACAAUCGUCAUCAAAUGACAACAACAACAACAGCAUCAUCAUCUAAUUGUUCUUUCACCAACAACAAUGGUCGUUCUCCACAAAAAUCUUCAUCAAACACUCAUUUUCGACCAAUACAAUUUAUGGCCAAUUCAGCUGGAACAUCUUUACAUCAUCGACAAGUGACAUGAUUGAUUGAUUCAAAAUAUGAUUGGCUAUCAUACAAUCUUGGUUUAUAUAUAUUUUUAUGUGGAAAAAAUCAACAGUUAAUGUUUUGGAGUUGUUCUAGAUUUGUGUAUGUCUGUUUUUUGGCUUGCUUGUGUGUGAUGAAAGAAUCUUAAUGAUUUUUUUUAAUGAAUGAAGAAAACAGAAAAAAUCGAAAACCAUGUGUGUGUGUGUGUGUGAAUGAUAAUCACGAAUCAAUUUUGGUCCAAAAUAAAAAAAAACCAACAACAAUACAAACACAAUGAAAUUUUCACUCCCGAUGGUUAACCACAGCGCAACUGUCAUCGAUCGAUAUUAAGAUUUGUUUUGAAUGUAUGAAUUAAAUAAAAAAAUGCAAAAAUCACAAUCAUCAUCAUCAUUGUCCUUCAUGUCAUUUUAAAAUCACAUUCUUGUCAUCUUCAGAUGUCCAUGUCCAUGUGAAUGGCCAAAUAGAACAAAAA